AUGGUCCUCAGUCAUAUUUUUGAGCUGCUGUUGUCUUCUUGCUCCCAGAUCAGAAAGCUCGGUGUCAAGCUAUUUCCCUCUCAAAAUGAAGUACAUGGUAGAAAUCCGAAUGUCGUGGAAUGGGCCUUUUCUGGAAACUACGAUCCUGAUACGGUGGUUCUAAUCGAUGCGUCCAACACUGAGCGUACUCUCUCAAAGAGAGAAGUCGUUCAAUUAGUUACCAGGCUUGCUGGAGCAUUCAAACCUGGAAGUGUUGUUUGCCUCCAUUUGCCUAACGAUAUACUCUACCCUGUUCUCGUUCUUGCUAUUCUCGCCUCAGGAUGCCAAUGGACUGGUCCGAAUACAUCAUACAAGCAAUACGAACUCGACCAUCAUCUGCGAUAUUCGCUAGCCACCUACGUCGUCACAUCUGCUGAGCACCUUGAUUCCAUGGAAACGGUCACGGCGAAUUUGGAUGCAGAUGUGGAGAUUAUUCUCUUCAGCGAUAUCCUCAAACCUUUCAUUGAACCGAAGCAUCCGAAUCUGGGAUACCGGACCUUGCACGAUCUUGCAAAGCUCCAUAUUCCGCUCAACACGCUGACGCCCUUGAGCCAGCGUUUGGAACGCGUCCAUCCACAGGCACCGGCAACACUCAUGUCGACAUCAGGGACUACAGGGUUCCCCAAAAUGGCAGAUCGCAGCCACGAGGCUCUCGUGACAGAAUCAGCAUCGGACGAGCAAUACGACGCUAAUCAGAGCUAUGCUAUCCGUCGUCUUUUCUGCACCCCAAUCUUUCAUUCAUACUCUUUCCCCAAGAUGAUCAUCAAUCCCCUUCGACAGGGAUAUCCUACAUAUUUCAUGACGCGCUUUGAUGAUAGCUUUGCGCAAAGGAUUGCCGACUUCAACAUCACGGACAUCAUCACUGUGCCGCCCAUUCUUUCUCGGUUGGCUGCGCGGGUCCAAGAGGGCGAGCUGGAUCGGGCGGCCCUGACCAGCCUCCGAACCGUCCUUUGCGCCGGCGCCCCGUUGACCAAGGAGCUACGCGAGGAAUUUUUAGACGUACUACAUAAAGAAGCGGUCCUCGUUCAGGAGUGGGGAAUGACGGAGUGCGGAUGCAUCACAAGGAUGCACUGGUCACAAGACCAGACCGACACCUAUGGCUCCGUGGGACAGGUUGUCGGAGGCUACCAGGUAACCAUGGACAAAGUCUCGCAGUUCCAGCUAGCCGAUGGCAGAGUAGUCGCCGAGCUCCUAGCCAGAGGUCCUCAGAUGAUGACGGGCUACUUCAACAAUGCAGAUGCCACGGCGCAGGCGUUUGCUCCGGGUUCCUGGUACCGGACUGGUGACGUCGGGUACCUUGAGAACCAGGCCGACGGCACAGCUUUUGUUUACAUUAUGGACAGGGUCAAGGACAUUAUCAAGACAAAUGGCUGGCAGGUUUCGCCGGCUGAGCUGGAGGCGGUGGCGAAGCGGUGCCCCGGGAUCACGGACGCGUGCGCGGUGUCGGUUGGGUAUGGCGUCGAUGAGCGUCCUCGCAUUUUUACUGUUCGCGUGAACAAAGAUGUCAGUGAGAAGGAUCUCAUAGAUUAUCUGGGAUUGCAUCUUUCCAGACACAAGAUUGCCAGGUGUGAGGUGCGUUUCAUUGAUAGUCUGCCUCGAGCGCCAAGUGGCAAGGUUCUCAGGAGGAUGUUGCGUGUUGAGAUGGAGAAAGAAGGGUCGGACGAUUAA